UCUUUCCUUCCCCGUUGGCCGUUGCCAACUAACCACAGUAGACAGCUCCCUUAAUUUGCUAUAUAUAAACACUACCCCACCCUCUCUGCUGCAAUCUACCCAACCUCACUCGUAAGUCAUAACUUUGUUUCCAUGGUUCUUCUCUUCAAAAAUCUGCCCUUUCCUUCCGUUCUCCUUGUCUUUCUUUCCUUCCUCACUUCUUUAUGCUCUCUCUCAACACAAAACCAGAACACCUCCGUUUCCUUCUCUUUUCCACUUACUUCCCUCCGUUUAUCUCGUAACAAUGUUCAAACUCUGUACCCUUUUUUUGUUUCGGAAGGCAGCCAAAACCCAGGCCUUCGGCCAACCCCAUCUUCAUAUAAUUUUAAAACAACGUUCAAGUAUUCAAUGGCUUUGUUAGUGGCUCCACCUAUAGGCACUCCACCGCAGACUCAGCAGAUGGUGUUGGACACUGGCAGCCAACUCUCUUGGAUUCAGUGCCACAAAAAGGUUGGACAAAAGCCGCCUCCUCCGGCGUCGUUUGAUCCUUCUCUUUCCUCUUCGUUUUCUGUUUUGCCAUGUAACCAUCCUCUCUGUAAGCCUCGAAUUCCCGAUUUUACCCUCCCUACAUCUUGCGACCAGAACCGUUUAUGCCACUAUUCUUACUUCUACGCCGAUGGAACACUUGCUGAGGGCAACCUCGUCAGAGAAAAGUUCACGUUUUCACGUUCCCAAAGCACCUCUCCUCUGAUCCUUGGUUGUGCCACGGAUACCAGCGAAGACAAGGGUAUUUUGGGAAUGAAUCUUGGACGAUUAUCUUUUGCUUCCCAAGCUAAAAUUUCCAAGUUUUCUUACUGUGUGCCGACUCGUCGAAUGCAACCCGGGAUUUCACCCACCGGGUCGUUUUUUCUCGGUGCAAACCCAAAUUCCAUCGGGUUUCAGUAUAUUAACCUUUUGAUUUUCCCUGAAAGUCGAACCAUGCCUAAUAUGGAUCCUUUGGCUUACACCCUUCCAAUGCAAGGGAUAAGAAUAGGAGCCAAAAAACUGCCAAUUCCCACAUCCGCUUUCCGCCCCGAUGCAGGAGGGUCGGGCCAAACCAUGAUCGAUUCGGGUUCCGAAUUCAGUUACUUGGUUGAUGAGGCCUAUAACAAGGUGAGGGAAGAGGUGGUGAGACUGGUAGGUCCCAAGCUUAAGAAGGGUUUCGUGUACGGAGGAGUAGCUGACAUGUGUUUCGAUGGCGGUAACCCAAUUGAGAUCGGACGGUUGAUAGGCGACAUGAUGUUGGAGUUUGAGAAAGGGGUGGAGAUCACCGUUGAAAAGGAGAGGAUGCUAGCUGAUGUUGGAGGUGGGGUCCAUUGCUUGGGGAUCGGACGGUCGAAUACGCUUGGGAUUGCAAGUAACAUAAUCGGAAACUUUCAUCAACAAAAUCUGUGGGUGGAAUUUGAUCUAGCGAAUAGGAGAGUGGGAUUCGGUAAGGCUGAUUGUAACAGAGCAGUAUAGAGGCAUUAUUAUGGUGAUUUAUUUUUGGUACACUUUUUUAUUUUGAUGAGAAUGGGGUACUAGACCAAGAUGAUAGGGUCUAAAUGAAUGUAGAUGACACGUGUCACGUGUUGAAAAUGGCUUUGGUGAUCCGUAUUUGACAUUAUAACAUGGAGGUUUUAAGCAUGCAUGUACUUUAGUUCCUGUGUUGUGUGGUGUUAGUUGUUGGGAUGAGUUGUUGGGAUGAGAAGGGAGACUAUAUGUAAUUAUAAGAGUGUAUAUAUGUAAAAUUAUGUUAUAAAAAAAUCAUCGUUUAUUUAUGCUUUGCUCUCUCAUACCUUCACUAUUUUUUAUUUUUUUUUUUGGCUUUUUUAUUUGUUUUAUUUUAAUAAUACAUAUCACAAAAUGAUUGUCAAAGAAGUACUAUUAAAAAAAUAAUAGAAGAAAAUAGUAUU